AUGGCUGUAGUACUUGGAGCCUGCCUAUGCGGAGGCAUCACAUUCGAAGUAUCCGGCUCACCCGAGGCUGUAUUGCAGUGCUACUGCAAUCAUUGUCAAAAGAAUGCCGGCGGGCCGUUUCAAAUUGUUGCCAAAUAUGAUAAAGACUUGGUUAACAUAAAGACGGGCACGGAUUUGCUAAAACACUAUGUCCUCACGGAUACUCAGAGUGGUUACCCCAAGCAUAAAGUAUUUUGCAGUGCAUGUGGAUGUACUGUGUGGACGGUUCCUAUGAGACAUGGUGAUGUAUAUCGUAUCGUACGGGUUACUUUGCUUGAGGAUGGGUUGAAGAAGUUUAAACCGGAUAAAGUUUUGUUCGAGGAGAGAAAGCUAGAUGAAUAG